UUUAGUUGUCAAUGUCAACUCAUUUCGUCUGCUCAUCACCGUCAUCAAGAAAAGCAUACAGGAAAAGUUCAUUUAUAAAAAUGUGUAAAAAUAGUAUUUUAAACUGUAUGCUAAUUUUCUUUUCUUUUUUAUAUUCCUUAACGUACGCAGAUGUAUGUGUUAAAAAAAGUUCAUGCGUUUGUGAAUUUUCCAAUGGCACCGGCAUCGACUUAUCGUUAGCUGUAAAGAGUACAUUUUAUACGGUUGAUACUUACGAAAUCAAUGCUAAUGAAUCUCAAUAUACGUUUAGUACAUUUUUCUAUCAUCCGUGUUUUGAUGCGUUGCUAGAAGCAAACAAACCAGUCGCAAAUAAUACCUGUACAAUAUCAUUGUCCUUGUGCCAAUACUCAAAGAGUCUUACGCAAGAUAAUGUAACAGGGAAUUUUGUUAUUGAUAAAGGUGUCUAUGCAUAUAUGGGAUCAUCAAAUGAUACAGAAUUUACUGCUGAUGGUUCUUCAAUAAUUUACCACAAUGGGCCUUCAUCAGCAAUUGUCCAACUUGUUUGUACUGAAGGUGAAAAUAAACUUGCAGUAAAUUCCUUGACUGUCCCGAGACUUAUUGCACUAACAUUCUACUCAAGAUAUGCUUGUCUCACAAGAAUCGAAGAGCCCGGCCGAUCAUUUGGUUCAACAUUGCUAAUAAUUUUCUUCUCAUUUGUGGUGUUCUAUCUUGUACUUGGAAUUUGUACGAAGAAAUUCUUAAUGGGUGCAACAGGAAUUGAAGUGAUACCUAAUUUGGGAUUCUGGAUGGAUCUUCCUAAUCUUGUUAAAGAUGGGUGGGCGUUUAUGAUAAAUGGGUUCAAGUUGCCAGCGCGCGGUGCGGGCCCUGUGACGUCACCCGACCCUAACAGCUACGACAGCAUAUAACAUCAGAGGGAGGCCUUUGAAGGUCAACUUGUGCUCCUCGAAUAGACAAAGUGCUUACCAUGUGCUCACUCUGACUGUGGAAUGGACUAAAUCUCAAAAAUCUUGCCGUUUACAUUUUAAGUUAUGUUUUUACAAGCUAGCGGUAGCGGAAAAUCUAGCUUGUAAUUUUUUUUUGGCUCAUAACUAAUGCAAAGUUAUGGUAAGUGUUUAUCUCAUCUACUUUUGUUUUAAAAGCGUUUAUCCAGUAUUAUUUGGAAUCUGAAUUUUAAUAAAAUU